AACCAAGCGAAAGCUAUGGUUUCCAAGAAAUUAGGGAGAGAAAUCAAGAAUUGUGGACUGUUCAUCUCUCAGAAACAUCCAAUGAUAGCUGGUUCUCCUGAUGGAAUAUGUAAAAUGUCCAAUAAGUAACAAAACUUAUCUUAAUUAUUGUAUAUAAAUAAUGGAAAACCCAGCAAGAAAUGUUAUGCCCAGAUACAAAUGCAAAUGCAUCUAAGUGGUCUAAAAAACUGCUACUUCUGUGUUGCAGACCCAAAAUUCUCUAUUAAUGAAAAUGUUGAGAUUCUAUUUAUAUCUUUAGAUGAACAUUUUAUGUCAAGCUUUCUUGAAAGUGUUAUUUCAUUUUGGAAAUCCCGUGUAUAUCCCAUAUUAUAUAAAAGUAUAGAAUAG